AUGGGCAAACUCGCGAGUCACAAAAGGGUCAUUCUUCCCGUUUACAAACCAACGGAUCACACCCCGUCAGUAUACAAGGACCCAUAUUCGGAUAGAAUCAUUCCGGUCGGCUACUUUCUCAAUAAUCUCGAUGAGAUAGGUCCGUUGCAUUGGGAGAACAGUCAGACGGCAGAUUACCUUAUAAAGGUCGUGAGAUGCGAGGAAAUCAACCUUUGGUGUGGAUACUUUGAUCAGUGUUUUCACCAGAGUUUCGCUCAAAACUUGUCGAUAUGCAGAAAUUACGCACAACAACAACAACAAAUACCAUCGAAAUCAUCGAUGCCCAUAGCCACCAAAUGCCAUGAAGAUGUCAAUGCGUUGGACGCUGCCGUCCUAACAAAUUGUAUUAAUUACAUGAUAUACAGUUACCAACAACUGUUGAAUCAUCAUUCUCAAUAUUUCAUUGAUCACAAUAUUGAUCAACGAUCUCUGCUACCUUCCCCGCCGGCAUCCCCGACCCAUUGCUCGAACGCUGACGCCAACCCCAACACACCCAACAGCAAACCGACUGUCACGGAUCUCUCACAGUCCACGCCCUAUUACUUCCACACCCACACGCUCAUCUUGGCAUCGCAGUCAGGAUUCUUCAAUCAAUUGUUUGGUCCCAUAAAUAAUUCCUCUCCAUCAUUGUGCACCUUAAAUCGGCAUCAACCACCCUCAUCGCCUAUCUCGCCUACCUCACCACACUUCUGUUCACCGCCAAUGCAACUGACGGUUCCCAUACCCCAUCCGGAUUGCCUCGAGCCAAUUUUGCAUUGGCUAUAUCAUCAUGAUGAUGAUGCGUGGCUGGAUGUAAUUACACCGGAAAAUUUCACCAAGUUCUAUGAGAACAUAAAGUUCCUCAAACUUGGUAAAGAGGCAUUCGAUAUCUUGGAUUCAUACAUAGCGGAAGCCGAAGAAGAUGGAUUUGAGAUAAUGGCAGAGGGAAUCGUUGAGGUCUAUUGA